AUGGCGGACACGGUGCAGAUCACGAUGGAGAAGAUGGUGCCGGAGCUGGAGGACCUGCAGGCGCGCAAGAUCUUCUCGGCGCCCGAGAUCCGCCAGAUCGUGGACAAGCGCCGCGGCUUCGAGUACUCGCUGCAGCGCGUGCCGCUGCGCAAGAUCGACGCCAUGCGCUACAUCGAGUACGAGAUCAAGCUGGACGCGCUGCGCGCCGCGCGCAAGGAGCGUCUGGGCCUCGCCAAGGUCACGCUGGGCGACACGGCCGGCGUCAAGCGCGUGCACAACAUCUUCGACCGCGUGCUGUUCAAGCACCGCGGCAGCGUGGAGCUCUGGCUGCAGUACGUGGCCUUCUGCAAGCGCGAGGGAAGCAGCCGCGUGCUGUCCGCUGUCUUCUCCCGCGCGCUGCAGUCGCACCCGCGCAGCGCCGAGCUCUGGAUCGAGGCGGCGUCGUACGAGUUUGGCGUCAACCUCAACGUGGACUCGGCGCGUGUGCUCAUGCAGCGCGCGAUCCGUCUCAACAAGCAUAACCAGAAGCUCUGGCUCGAGUACUUCCGUCUCGAGCUGCUGUACGUGCAGAAGCUGACGAUGCGUCGCCAGGUGCUGCGUCUGGACGAGGAGGUGGAGAAGCCCGAGGACGACGGAUCUACCGUGCUUAUCGACGAGCUACCGGAGGAGGCAGGGGCCGCUGACGACGAGAUGUCGGAGGAGAUGGCAGCCAAGAUGAACGCCAGGAAGCUUGUGCUGCAGGGAGCUAUCGCCAAGAUCGUUUACUCGAACGCUGUGGCCGCGAUUGCGGACGACGUGGCGUUCCGUCUCAAGUUUGUGGAGAUCCGCGACCUGUUCGGUUCGCUCACGGCUGCGGAGGUGUCGGACUUUAUUCUGGAGGACUGCCUGCAGAACUUCCCCAAGAGCGAGGAGGUGCAUGCUGCCAAGGCGCUGCGCCCAUUUUUGGCGGUCGAGGACAGCGAUGCGUCCCGUUUGGGCGAGUCGUCGGAGGUGGAUGGCGCUAACGUGUCCGAGGCCGAGCGUCAAGCGGAGCUGCUGGUCGUGCAGAACUUCGAGACCAGCGUUUCGCAGCUGGACACGCUUUCCAUGAAGGAGCUGUUCGCGGACUGGCUCGUGGCGCGUCUGGCGUCUUCCAGCCAAACGGCGUUCCUGCUCGAGUACGCGCGCGCCAAGCUCAAAGAGUUCGCCUUCUCGGCGUCGAGCUCGACCUCUCCGUCGCUUGCUAUUAAGUAUGUUGAUUUGAUCCACCGCACGGACGGUACGAAUGAUGCGCUUAUGGUUGUGCGCAAGGUUUGCGACGAGUGUCUGCCCCAGUCAUCAGAGGUCUGGCUGCUGCAGUCUCAGCUCGUGCUUCACGCGGACCACGAAGAGACGAGCACGAGCCGCUCCCCGUCCGCUAAGCGACGCCGGACGUCGCGUGGGUCGAUCUCGAAGACUGUGACUGCUGUCGCCAACCCGUUGACCUCGGCCGUGUCGGUGUUGAAGACGGCGCUGACGAAGAUUGCGACGGAGGACUUUGACGCGCAGUUUGCUAUUCACAACCGCCUGGUGCAGCUCCUAAUUAGCAGUGCAGAGUCUCCGAGUGUUGUCGAGAAGGCAUUUAAGGCCGCCCUCGACGCGCAGAAGCGUGGGUCGGCACACUGGUGCGCCAUGCGUCAGCAGUACGUUACUUGGGCCUCCAGCGCGGCUUCCCAGCGCACAUUGGAGCAGGUUCGCUCGCUGUACACCAAGUUCAUGGUGGACGAGCAGCUGCUGCCCUCUCCAGAGACUCAGUUGUUCCUGACGCUGAGCGUGGACAUCGAGACGUCGGCCACGUCGGUAAAUGUGGCGCAGGUGCAGAAGCUGUUCGAGAAGCUGGUGGAGCUCUUCGGCUCGGAGCAGGAGGAGGUCUGGGUGCAGUACGUGCGCUGCCUCUCGGAGCGCUUGUCGCUGUUCGCCGACGCCACGCGCGUCCAGCAGCGCGCGCUGCGCGUGUGGAAGGAGUCCCCGGCCCUCACGCAGUUCGCCUUCACGGGCUUGUAG